GCCUUUAGCCGUCAAAAUUAAAAAGUCAAAAACUCAAAACCCAAAAGUCUGAAUCGUUUAUUCUUGUUAAUAAUGUUACUAAUUUAAAAUUUAAUAUAUUAAGUAAUAAAUGAAAAUGGUUAAAUAGUUUUUAAUAUAUUAGAGUAAUCACAGAAAUGGUUGUCAACGCGCCAGACUCUCCAAUACAGGCAGAAGUAAUUUUUGUUGUUGAAGCAACUUCGGCUAACGGCGCGUAUAUAAGUGAAUUGAAAACGAAUUAUAUCAUACCAACUCUAGAGUACUUCCAUGGCGGUGCAAUAGAGGAAGGCGUGGGUAGUGGUUCUGUGUAUGGCAUAGUCACAUACCAGGCAGCAGACUGUCAUCCUGAUCUUCCAGUCUCUACAUAUGGCCCCUUUACAUGUCCACAGAAUGUUGUUGAUACUAUUGACAAGUUACAGUUUAUAGGAGGACAUGCAGAGAGUAGAGCAUGUGUCACAGAGGGACUAACAGCAGCCUUAGCUUGCUUAGAAGACCUUGGCCGAUCAGAUAUCCCUCUACAUGUGAUACUAUUAUGCUGCUCACCACCUUAUUCAGCAUAUACAGGAGGAUUAGUCCCACCUGGAGCUCCAGCAACAGUCGAACAAGCAGCAAAACUUAUCGGCGAGCGUGGAGCUCAUUUGUCUGUAGCAGCGGCCAAAAAGUUGCCUGCUUUACUGGCGCUUUAUGAGCAUGCUGGUGGAGAACUGCAUACUGCUCAACAGAGGAAUUAUGCUAAGGACCCUCGGCAUCUCGUGUUACUACAUGGUUACAGUCUCAAAGAACGGCCACCAAGUCCGGCGCCACCACCACCAGUGGCUGAAGUACAACAGCCUGAAAUGUAUGGCCAAAAUCGUCCACCAGUACCACAACAAAGAGCCCCACCAGCACAGUUUCAACGUGGUACAAUUGGUCCAGUGAGAAAUAAUUGGCUGACUCCUCCUCGCCAGGCCCCCUACGCUAAUUCUGCAUUACUGACACAGCUAUCCCAACCAUCCUAUCCACCUCCUACACAGACCAACAUGCAGCGGUUGCAAGGUAUCCAAGCGGGCCCGUCGUCGGCGGGCGCGUUCGCGGCGUCGCCCGCGCAGCGCACCUACAUCUGGAGCGGAGUGCUCGAGUGGAUGGAGAAGGGGAAGACGCCCGGGGACCAGAAGGUCACCAGACAUCUGCCGUGUCAAGUUUCCGCAAAUUCCAAAGAUGCAGAACCCGAGCUUAAAGUGGACACCUGGCCCAAUAAAUUAGUAAUGCAGCUGAUGCACAAACAACUGAUUAGCAACAUCGGCGGUCAGUACCUAAAAGACAGCAAGUCGGUGCUGUUCCACUUGCAGCAGAACGAGGCGCUGGAGGCCCUUACCAAGAUCAUGGUUAAUGGAUUCGCUGGAUGUGUACAUUUCUCCCCGACCACGUCACCCCCUCAGUGUGACAUCAAGGUGCUGAUCCUGCUGUACACGCCGGACAAGAAGGCCUACCUCGGCUUCAUACCCAACAACCAGGCCACCUUCGUCGACCGACUGCGGAAGGUCAUCCAGCAGCAGAAGAUGAACAAACAGAUGCCGACUACUGCUGCUAUGGCCGGUGGGCAAAAUAUAGGUGCAGGAAAUAUGCAAUCGGGGAUGGGUAUUAGUGGUGGGGGGAUGGCAGGCUCGAUGUCAGCUAUGCCCUCGAUGUCAAACCAACAAACACAGCAGCAUCAGCAGGGUAUGAUGAUAAGCAGCAACAUGGGUACAUCAGUUGGCCAAGUCAACCAAGGACAGAUAAGUCAAGUAAGUCAAGUCGGCCAGGUCGGCCAAGUGGGCCAAGCAGGGGGAAAAGGCCCGCGUGGUGCACCUCUGGAUGGCCUGGAGGCCGCCCGCCAACAAAAUCUUGAGAAGAUCCAACACUUGCAGCAGACCCUGGAGGCGGCUCAUCAGCAGGAGGCGCAGUUCAAGUCCCAGAUGGACAUAAUGUCCCACCUGCACGCCGCGCAGCAACAGGAGCAACACUACAAGCAGCUCGAGGAGCAGCAGCGCAAGGCGCAGCUGCAGGCGCAGCUCCAGCAGCUGCGCGGCGCCGGCGCGCGCCUCGUGCGCCCGCUGCUGCCGGCCAACCCGGGCCUGCGACACCUGCUGCAGCAGCAACAGCAGGCGGCGCGUGGCGCUCGUCCGCACAUGUGAGCCGCACCCGCUAACAGCCGCAGCAGUACCGGCCGGGUAGCGGGGCCGUUCGGCCGAACUCCCAAACGCAACAGUAUGAUGAAAUGUCCAAUUAUAACGAUUUUAUAUGAAAUAAAUAAAUUGUUUUCAAAUACA